UUACAAUCCGUUAAAAUCAUUCUAACAAUCAUUAAGCGCAUCAAGCAGGCCAGCGGCACUGAAUAGUCGAGAGAGCUCCUAAAUCAUGGCGGCGACCGCCGUCAUUCUCCACCACUUCCCUCUCUCCUGCCCUUCUUCAAAAAUAUCUCAUUCUCAAAUCUCGAUUCCCACCGUACUACGUUUCCAGCACCACUGCCUUAACACCCCUCUCCUUCAGGAAGGUCAGAGUUUGAAUUAUGAUUGGCGGACUAGGGGCGUCAAUCCUCGGAGCGGCGUAGUUAUGGGGGAUUAUGGCUAUGUAGACGACGAUGAUGAAGAAGAUGAAGAUGAUGAAGAGGAAGAUAGGAGUUUGGAUCUUUUGAUUAGGUUCGUAGAGAAUAUUUUCAGAAAGGUCUCUAGAAAAGCACGCAAGGCCGUUCGAUCUGUUCUUCCUGUCCCUAUUUCGGCCCAAUUGGUGGGAUUUGCUGUUAAUGGAGUAAUAAUUCUGACAUUUUUGUGGGUUUUGAAGGCAUUCCUAGAGGUAAUUUGCUCCUUUGGGAGUGCAGUGUUCGUGAGUAUUUUGCUUAUUCGCGGGAUAUGGACUGGGAUAUCCUACUUCCAAGAAAGCCGUAUUCACAGGGCAGAUGAUGAUGAUCCACAUACAUGGAGUGGCACAAAACCUGCCAUUUGAUCUAUUUCUUUGUGAAGGAUAGGUUCAGAGAUCAGAAAUGGUGGCAUAUGACUUCUGAUGCAAGGUAGAUGUGCUGAGCAACUCUAGUUCUUUGAAUAUGAAGAGAUGGAUCGAUCUUUACAGGGGGUCAUGGACAGGUUCUAGGUUUAACCAUACACCAUUUCUGCCCUCUCUUUUGUUCAAUCGCACCACAGAAAAGUUUGCGCUGUAGUUGUGAUUUGUUUAUCUAUAUAUCAUAGGUUACAUUUAAGUAAACCACAAUAGAAGGUCUUUUGAACUCCAUUUGAGGCUAAAUUGUAGAAGAUACCAGAUCAUGAGGUACUAUAUAUUUCUCAUGUAACCUUGUACAUGAUUAUGAAUCUAUAAACUAGUAUUUGGAAAUUGUGCUA